AUGUCUAAAAGAAGUAAUCAACGAUCAUCCCAAAAAAUGGUUGGCUCUAGAGUUUAUGUAGGCGGACUGCCCUUCGGCGUCCGCGAAAGGGACUUGGAAAAGUUCUUCAAAGGCUUUGGCAGAAUCAGAGAUAUCCUCAUAAAAAAUGGCUAUGGCUUUGUGGAAUUUGAAGAUUAUAGAGAUGCAGAUGAUGCUGUUUACGAGCUGAAUGGGAAAGAGCUGCUGGGAGAAAGGGUGGUGGUGGAGCCGGCGCGGGGCAUCGACCGCAGCGCGGACCGCUACCGCCGCGACCGCCACUACGAGCGGGACCGCGGCCGCUCGCGCUACGAAUAUGGGCCGCCGACGCGUACCGAGUAUCGACUUGUCGUCGAAAAUCUGUCAAGCCGCAUUAGCUGGCAGGUAAGAACUAGAGCGGAAGCGCCUCUCCAUCAUCAUCCUCCCAUCAUUCAUUCAGGGUCUGGACUCAGGGCAAUCCACUCUUUGCUGUGGUCUUGGUUUUCUCGUAUUCUAUGGCUUGGAGCACACGUGGCACCUCGGGAAGACGAAAGACACUCGAUCAGUCUGGUCAAUGCGGCGCCCCUGCCAGCCGAUGGCCUAGUGAUGAGCACCUAUUCCCGGGACCCCUCUCAGGAUUUAAAGGAUUACAUGCGGCAAGCUGGUGAAGUGACUUAUGCUGAUGCACACAAGCAACACAGGAACGAAGGGGUGGUCGAAUUCGCGACUCAUUCAGAUAUGCGCGCGGCCAUAGAAAAGCUCGAUGGGACUGAAUUGAAUGGACGUCGAAUCCGUUUGGUCGAAGAUCGUCGGUCUUCGCGUCGCAGGUCUCGGUCAUCAUCCAGCAGAUCCAGAAGUCGCUCUCGUGACAGGCGCCGCUCACGAUCCAGGUCCCGUUCGCGUCGCUCCUCUAAGAGCCGUUCCAGGUCCCGCCCAAAGAGCAAGAGCCCAGCUGCGAAGUCUAGAUCCAGAUCUAGAUCUAAGGAACGCAGCAGAUCUAGAUCCGGCUCCCGGAAGUCUGAGACUCGUCGCUCGAGGUCGCCGCACCAGAACGACGAGAGGAACGGAAAGUCCGCAUCGCGCUCGCCCAAACGCGACUCAAAGGAGCGCUCGCGUUCUCGCAGUAAGGAAGCCGGCUCGCCGAAACGCGACGAGGCUAGGCAGGCGAGCAAGUCGCGCUCCCGCUCCAGAUCGCGUUCCGGCUCCCGUUCCCGCAGCGGAUCCCGCGACAGAUCCCGUUCUGCGUCACCGCGCCAAAACGGAGAGUCCAAGGACCGCGCCAGCCCAGACCGCUCUCCUCGUAGCGGCGAUUAG